UUCGCUAGUGAAGAUCUGUGCUUCGCUGCUCCUCGUACUGAAACCUACUGGCCUCGGAGUUACGAUGAACCGUAAAUCCCAGCAUCCGGCCUCCUACCUAAUAGAUCCAGACGUCGCCGUUGGAGGUCGGGGUCAGUUGACAUUGAAUGAUGUGGUCAUCACAUUCUCUCAGGAGGAGUGGGAAUGCCUGGACCCUGCUCAGAGGGCCUUGUACAGGGACGUGAUGCUGGAGACCUACAGGAACCUGAUCUUUGUGGCUAUUUCUCAUAUACAUGUGAUCAAGAAAUUACAACUAAAGUCAAACACCGAUAGAGGUGGAGUAUUGAUGUUGGGAAGACAUGAAAACCAGGGAAUCAAACAUUUUUACCUCCUGGAAAUUCAGGAAAAUAUGUAUGACCAUGGUUUUCAGUGGAGAGAUGAUGGAAGAAGUUACAAAAAUAUCCCUAUAUCCUGUCACCAAGAUGUCACUGAUAGAAGUCCACAUGGUGGAAGGGAUGCAAAAAACAAGCCUAUUGGAAAUAGACUUGUGUUAAGCCUUCAGGAUGAACUGCAUAUGUUUAAAAGUAAACAGAAAAUUGAUGAAUUUAAUAAAGCUAAUAAGAGUAUCAGCAGUAGUUCCUCAUUUUCACCACUUCAAGGAAUUUCUCCUCCUGUCCAAAACAACAUUUCUAAUAGAUAUGGGAGUGAUUUUAUGCAUCCUUCAAUACUGACACAAGACCAGAGCCCACACAGGGAAGUACCUUACAAGUGUAAUGAGUGUGACAAAACCUUUCAUCAGGUCUCAAACCUCAGGAGUCAUCAGAGAAUCCAUAUAGGAAAGAAAUUGCAUAAAUGUGAUGUAUGUGACAAGGUCUUUUGCCGAAAUUCAUACCUUGUAAUUCAUCGAAGAGUUCAUACUGGAGAGAAACCUUACAAGUGUAAUGAGUGUGGAAAGGUCUUUGAUAAGAAAGGAAGUCUUGCAGUUCACCAGAGAAUUCAUACUGGAGAGAAGCCUUACAAAUGCAAUGAGUGUGGCAGAACCUUUCCUAUCGGCUCAUACCUCAAAAGACAUCAGAUAACACACAUUCAAGAGAAAUUAUAUAAAUGUGAUACAUGUGGCAAAGUGUAUCGUCAGAAUCUAUCCCUUCAACGUCAUCAGGGAAUUCAUACUGGAGAGAAAACUUACAAAUGUAGUUUUUGUGGGAAAACCUUUCAUUGUGGCACAGACCUCAGGAAACAUGAGAUAAUCCAUCCAGGAGCAAAAGCAUAUAAAUGUGAUGUAUGUGACAAAGUCUAUGGUCAAAAUUCAUACCUUAAAUAUCACCAGAGAAUUCAUACUGGAGAGAAACCUUACAAAUGUAAUUUGUGUGGGAAAACCUUUUUUUUUAAAACAGGCCUCAGGAAACAUGAGAUAAUCCAUACAGGAGCAAAACCAUAUAAAUGUGAUGUAUGUGGCAAAGUCUUCAAUCAAAAAUCAGUCCUUGUGCAUCAUCAGAGAAUUCAUACUGGAGAGAAACCUCACAAAUGUAGUGAGUGUGGCAAGUUCUUUCGUGAGAAGCAAACCCUUAGAAGGCAUCAACAAGUUCAUACUGGAGAAAAACCUUACAAAUGUAAUGAGUGUGGCAAGGCUUUUAGUAUGAAAGGAAACCUUGCAGCUCAUCAGAGAAUUCAUACUGAAGAAAAACCUUACAAAUGUAACAGCUGUGGCAAAGUCUUUCGUGAGAAGCCAGCUCUUAGAAGGCAUCAACGAAUUCAUACUGGAGAGAAACCUUACAAAUGUAAUGAGUGUGGCAAAGCCUUUCGUGAGAAGCAAGCCCUUAGAAGGCAUCAACGAAUUCAUACUGGAGAGAAACCUUACAAAUGUAAUGAGUGUGGCAGAGCCUUUCAUGAGAAGCCAGCCCUUAGAAGGCAUCAACGAAUUCACACUGGAGAGAAACCUUACAAAUGUAAUGAGUGUGGCAAAGCCUUUAGUCAAAGUUCAACCCUAUCAAGUCAUUGGAGAUUACAUACUAGGGAGCAGUCUUACAGAUAUAAUGAGCAUGGCAAAUUCUUCAGUGUGCUUUCAAGCCUAAGUUAAUACUAUCAGGUAAUCCAUAUUGGUGAGAGACUUUAAUAAUGUUUUGAUGUGACAAGGCUUUUAGCAGGUGUCCCCACCUUAGGCUUUAUUAGAAAAUUCAUUAUGGUUAGGAACCAGAUAAAUGUAAUUAUUGUGUCCUGUCCUUUAAACAAGGAAUUUAUUCACCGAAGAAUUCAUUCUGGAGAUUACUUCACAAAUGUUAUGAAUGGGAGAGAAAACUUUACUCGGGGCUCACAUCUCACUAAUCAUAAGACAGUCCAUACUGAACAGAACAUUACAGCUGUUCUCCACCUUGGGACUGUUUUAUUUUUUU